GGUCACAUGAUGGACAUGGCUGUAUUAAGUGUGCUUUCUGGGUUGGGAGGGGAGGAUGAUUGAACUUGUCUCUGUCUGGAUGUGAAAGAAUCAGACCUGAAUUUGCUGCCAAUCCUAUCUCUUCCUCAGGGAUAUACAGGAGGUAAUUGGAAUCCAAGAUGUCCGGAGAAGUAGUAGUCGAGGAGAUACCGCAGGAAGAGGAAGAAAGCCAGCAAGAGCAAGUAGUCGAAGUUGAAGCAGCGGCACCUGAAGAAGAAACUCCUACGGCAGAAGAGCCUGCAGAAGAAGAGCCUCCAACUGCUGAUGAUGAGGACUCCAAACCCAAACCAAAGGCAUUUGCUCCAGCUCUGACUGUGCCAAAGAUACCGGAGGGAGACAAAGUCGACUUUGAUGACAUCCACAGGAAGCGUCAGGAGAAGGAUCUGACCGAGCUGCAGUCUCUGAUCGAGGCCCACUUCGUUCAGAGGAAGAAGGACGAGCAGGACCUCAUCACUCUCGUUAACAGGAUCGAGAAGCGUCGUACCGAGAGGGCCGAACAGCAGAGGAUCCGUGCUGAGCAGGAGAAGGAGAGGCAGGCUCGUGUUGCUGAAGAAAAGGAGAGGAGGGAGCAAGAGGAUGCACGUAAGAGGAUGGACGAUGACGCCAAGAAGAAGAAGGCUCUGACAAACAUGACUCAUCAGUAUGCUGGUGUCCAACAGAGGGACGGAAAGAAGGGAGCGAAGAAGCAGACGGAGAGAGAGAAGAAAAAGAAGAUCCUGGCAGACAGGAGGAAGGCUCUCAACAUCGACCAUCUCAGUGAGGACAAAGUGAAGGAGAAGGCCAGUGAGCUGUGGCAGGUGCUGAUGACGCUGGAGGCUGAGAAGUUUGACCUCAGCGAAAAACUGAAGAAACAGAAAUAUGAAAUCAAUGUACUCCAGUCCAGAAUCAAUGAGCAGCAGAAGUUCGCCAAAGGAAGAGGCAAGGGCAAGGGCAGGAGAUAGACGCAAACAUCAGCAGGAGUUCUCCAAGGAAGCAUCUGAAAUGGGGCAGCAGUAUUGAUUUCAAUGACAUUAAUGUAUGCUUAAACAAUAAAAACAAAACUUGUGCUUUUGAGUUUUUUAGUACCUGU